UUUGGUAUCAGCGUGACGCGAGCGAGCAUACACGGGGAAAUAAACAGAGUGCGGCGUGUAGUGGUGGCAAGAGCGCGCGUUUAACGACCAUGUCGUCGCCGAGCAAGAAGGCCAAGGAACUGGAGGAUCCGGGCUCCGGCGAGGGAGACAUACGUGACUACGACAUCGAGAUACAGAAAACCCUCGAGGAGAUCGACGGGUGCCAGAAUCAAAUCGAUGGCCUGAAUGAGAAGGCCAGCGAUGAGAUCCUCGAGGUCGAGAAGAAGUAUAACAAGCUGCGCAAGCCCUACUUCCAGAAGCGUAACGACAUCAUCAAGAGGAUACCCAAUUUCUGGGUCACUGCUUUUGUAAACAACAAAGAAAUAGCAGAAAUAUUGGAGGAAGAUGAGGAAGAUGCACUGAGAUUCCUAAACAAAUUAGAAGUUGAAGAAUUUGAAGAUAUCAAAUCUGGCUAUAGAAUUAAUUUUCACUUUGAUGAGAAUCCAUAUUUUGAAAAUGAUGUCUUAACAAAAGAAUUUCAUUUAGGAUCAUCUGGAGAUCCAGCAUCUCAAAGUACAACCAUUCGUUGGAAAGAAGGUGGAGAUUUAACAAAGAAAGCAAAAACCAAAGCACCAAUGAAAGGACGUAAAAGGCCACUCAAACACAGAUCAUUCUUCGAUUGGUUCACGGAUCAUGGAGACCCGAGUUCAGAUGAAAUAGCCGAACUAAUUAAAGAUGACAUGUGGCCUAACCCAUUGCAGUAUUACCUGGCUCCAGAUAUAGAUGUUGAGAACGGUAUUGAAGGAGAUGGUGAAGAAUGCGAGAGUGAUGAAGAGGAGGAGGAAGAAGAUGGUGCGGACGACGGCGAUGAAGGAGGAGAAGGAGAAGAAGGAGACGACAGUAUAGUAGUUGUCGAGGAUGAUGUGGAUGAGGAUGAUGAUGAAGAGGAGGCUGUGAAUGAUGAAGAUGAUGGUGUAAAUGAGGAGGAUGAUUUACUGGUAGACGAUGAAGUAGAUCGCGAAGAGGGAGAGGAACCUGAAUAGAGUCGGAGUUGAAUUUCGGCGAACAUACUUCACAAAUAUUGUGAAAGGUAAAAAAAAAAAAAAAA